UCACCUUUCUAGGGGGCUGCCAUAUAUAGAUAUUCCUGCAACGGCUUUGCCCCUUUUAAUUUCCAUUAAAUCAGAAGUAACUGAAAAGGGGACCCCCAGUUAAAACAAAGAGGUCAAGGCGUGGCAUGAUUGGACACUUAGUGCAUGCAAAUUAUAUAGGGUCCACGACGUCACUUCCCGGCUAUAUACUGGCCGCCAUUUUCUGGCGGUGAGUGGGCAUUGGUGGCGGGACGAAGCUGUAGCGGAGCGGGUAUACUCCACAUACACGCCCACCCACUCGGUGUAUAGCAAUAAUUAAUUAAUACAGACAGCGUGGGGAGGAUACACGCGCAUCCUUACCCGGCAACAGGAAGUGGACGGUGCUGCGGGUGGAGGCGGACCCGAGCCCAUUGGUGAUAAGAAGCGGAGCAGCUCCCUCUCCAGCGCUGCAUGCACAACUAUCUAAAAUGUUUCAACCACCGGUUAAUAACCUUGAAAAAAUCAGAAAAGCACGGAAGAAAGUUAAGCAAAUCCUUCUGGAAAUCGGUUUAGAAACCUGCAGAAAUGUAUUAGAGGAAACCAACAGUUAUUAUCCAGGAGACAAUCUUUUUUCCAGUACAUCAUGGGAGGAGGUCUCGCUUUGGGAAUCUGUUGGACGCAGAAAUGAUUAUAGAACAAAGCCAUUUUGUUGCAGUCUCUGCAAAUUCUCAACCAAGCUGCUUUCUUCAUUCAAAAAUCACCUGCAGCGUUACCACGAAGAUGAGAAGGAUCUGGAGCUACUGGCAGCCUGUCCAAGUUGCCCUUUUACAUCCCGGUCAAAAACUGUGCUUAAACACAUGCGUAUAUUUCACACGAGUGUUCGCAAUACUCAGAAACCACCUGUGAAAGAGAAUCCAGUUGUCCUGAAAAAUAUUACAUUUUCAUGCUUAAAAUGUAACUUUACAGACACUCUAUACUACAGCAUGAAAAAGCAUGUUUUGAUCACUCAUUGUGUAGAAUUGAUUGAUUCUUACUUUGGAGAAAAACCUGAAGAAGAAAUAAUUUAUUCUCCUGUUUUCAAAUCUCAGCCAUUGAAUAAAUACUUUUGCAAAAAAUGCAGCUACAUUGCUAAUAGCCAUGAUACAUUAAUGUACCAUAUUUUGACAUCGGAAAAACACAGAGACCUGGAACAUAAGCUGAGAAUGGACAUUUCAGAAUUCAACAAAACCCAAGGUAAAAGGACACGCCCACGGAAAAUGUUAUUGCCUGUUCCUAGUCAGUCUCCUAAGGAGCCUUCAAGGACACCACCUGUUACACCCACGGUAACUGCCACAGUUCACCCGCCACCAGAUUAUAAAGAGCAUUCAUAUAAUUCAAAAAAUGGUGCUCUUCUGAACCCUUUUGUUGGAACGCCCACUAACUUUGUCCAAAAAGUUUUGCCAAAAGUAUCUGCGGUUUCAAAUUCUCCUACAAGUUUAAAUAAAAAAAAUCCUCCCAUAUUAGUUCCAGCAAAUCAAGUCAGAUUUUUAACUGCUUCCCUCUCACAAAACCAGAACAUAGCCCUUCAACAAAAUCUUCAACAGCCUGUUUUUGUGUCCUCUAAAUUUCCUGUAAAUCAGUCUGUUAAUUCUGCUAUGCUUCCUCAAAAUUGCAAUGUUAACGGACAAUUUAUUUCUAUACCUCAAGGCACUCUUAAUCAGCCAUUGCAUCUUCAACCCAACAUAAUCAAUAUGAAUCAAACAGUACAACCUAUUUUUCCUAUGAACCAGCCACUGAGUCCUGAUAAUCUUAAUGCAAAUCAAAAUACUAUUCUCUCAACUCCAAUAAUAAGACAGCUCAUUCCAACUGGUAAGCAAGUAAAUGGGAUACCCACAUACACCCUUAUAACAUUGCCUGUGGCUCCGUGCCCUGUUCCUGUUGCUAAUUCACCUAAAAUGCCUGUGCAGACAUCAAAGCCUGAAAAUACUGUACAGGUUUUAAAUACUAAAGCGAUUUUACCAUCUUCAACUGUUGUGCCCUUGGCAGAUAAAAGCUUGCAAAUAGCCAACACUCCUGCAUCUCCUCAGAAUGCGCUCAGCAAAGAGGCCAAGCAAUGGAAGACAUGCCCUGUGUGCAAUGAGUUGUUCCCUUCAAAUGUCUAUCAGGUGCAUAUGGAAGUUGCUCAUACAAAGGCAGACUCAAAUCGCAAUGAAUCUGCAAAUCCCACUACUGGUGGUGAAAUGAAAGAGAGAGUUAUUCUUGCUGCCCAGGCAUCGUUCCUGAAAGUGAUGAAAGAAAAAAGCAUUAGAUGUUUGUCUUGUAGGUGUUUAGCAACAGAAGAGGAGUUGUUGAAACACCUGCUGAUGCAUGGUAUGGUCUGCUUGUACUGCAAAGCAGUUUUUCAUGAACUAAGACACUUUGUCUAUCACAUGUCAGUUAUGCACCUAGACAAAAAGAAGUUGCAUGUUGAUUUUAUCAAGAAAGGUAUUGAUAUUGCACAUGAUGCUAAUGAUAAUGUGCGGUUUCCCCACUUUGACUACUACUUAAAAGUUGCAAAAGAAGAAUUGGGAGACAAAGAUAUAAACCUUGCUAUAGUGGCUGGAUCAAAGCCUUACACAUUUGCUCCCAUUUACAUUAAAAUACAACAGAAAUCUCUAGAUUCAAUUGUUUUAGGUGGAAAACAAACAUCCAAAUGCCCUUUCUGCAACUGUGCUCUGUCCAAGACAGAAGUGUAUGAAACACAUUUAAAAGAGAGGCACCAUAUCAUGCCCACUGUGCAUACUAUAUUAAAGACUCCAGCUUUUAAAUGCAUCCAUUGCUGUGGUGUUUACACAGGUAGUAUGACACUUUCUGCUAUUGCUGUGCAUCUACAACGUUGCCGAAAUGCACCAAAAGAUAGCAGUCUUGGAGUUGAGGUUCUUCCAGAAGCAAAUGGGGUAAAAGGACAGUUAAGUAAUGUGACAAUGCAUGAUAAUUCAAAAUCAAAGCUCACAUGUUCUGCCUCAGAAUCACAGAGUCCCAAUGAUGAAGUAGCUAAAGCCCAGCAUACAAACUUACAAAACACAAGUAUACACAAUAAUGAAUCUAUACCUUGUAAAAGAAGGAAGGUUGAGAUUAAAUCAGACACUUCAGAAGUUCCUAUUGAGGAAGACUCACUGCAUAUCCUUGCCUUGAUUCCAAAGAAUUUGGAUGCUUCUUACGAAUCUAAAAAAGCUUUCUUAACAGAAUAUUUCCACAAAAAGCCAUAUCCAAGCAAGAAGGAAAUAGAGUUGCUCUCUAAGUUGCUGGAUAUGUGGAAAAGUGAUGUUGCAUCACAUUUUGGAAUGAAACGAUACUUGUGCCUAAGGUUUAUUAAAAGCCACAAAUUUCGUGUAAUGCUUGGUUUCCAAAUGUCUGCACUUAAAGAACUAAAGCACAACUUGGACUUGCAAGAAGAUUACUAAUUUCAUUGAACUAGUUUCACUAAUCUAGUAUUUAAAUCCUAAACUUAUUUACAGCAUACAGCACUCUCGUUAAAAUAUAUAACUAAGAAGAACUGGAUAAAUUAUCUUAUUUUCUCAAGUGAAACAAGUUGAAAAUGUAACUUUCUUUGGUUUAAUUUAUGUUUUUAUAUUCUUGGAAAUUAUUCAUUCACAUUUUCCAUUGGUACUUACAGGGAGACGUAAAGUGUGCCUUAAAUAGCGUUUGGCAAACUAUGUAUUAACAUUUUUGCUACAAACAUUGUUAAAUUGAGAAUGAACUUGCCUGUGUUUUUCCUGUUAUGAGCUGUGUAAUAAUGCUUCCCCACAUAGCCCAAUAUUUUCCUACUGUCUCUAGCCAUUAAUACUAGCUGUGCACAGUAUAUUGUGUUGUGUAAACUAGACAUUACUGGCUGUAACCGUACUAGCUAUGCUUAUUGCACACAGCAUAGAAGGCAGCAGUUUUCUUUCUUGCAAUAGCUGAAAUAAAGAGUAUAGACACAAGAAACAGAGCAUCAGCCGCCCCCCUGAUACCCCUGGUCUAAGUGAUUAUUAUUGCCACACAGUAUCACUUUGCACAACAAACAUGUUUCUUUAGUGAGUUGGCAGCUCAUAGGCUCCUCACAUUUAUUCCCUGAGGAUUUGCGUUAACUACCUAAACUAACUUGUCAGAAAGCAUUGCAAGGAGCUACUGACUUAUGAAGAAUCUCUUGUUUGUUGCCGAGGUACCCAGUGCAGGAAUAAUCCACUAGAGUCGGGCUAUCAGGGCCAGGAAGGCAGCUGCUGCUAUAUUUAUAUGACCCUACACUAUAUUUCUACACAUGUAACACACAAUUUCUUCCUUCUGUGCUGUACACAAUAUAUUUGUGCAUAACUAAUACUACCGCCAGUGAUGUCUGGCUACUAAGUAGCUGGCUCUACACGUGUUCAAUAGGUCAGUAUUGAGCAUAAAAAUAAGCUGUGCAGGAAGGAAUAAUAAGGUAAUAUUACAUAGCUUAUAACAGGAAACGAAAACUUAACUUCAGUCAACUUUAGUUGUAAAAUUUUUAAUACAUAUCUAUGGAAAAAAUGCUAUUUAAGUUUUUUUUCAAUUAUCACACUUUGCUUCCUGACCUAUAUUUUUAAAUUUACUCUACAGGUUGUUGGCUUGUAAAUUUUAGUGGCAGUUGCAGGUAAUUUUAUCUGUGCAUUUGCUGCACGUAUUUUGGAUUUGCUAAUUGUCCUUUUUAGUAGCACUGCUGCAAAAACUAAAACUUGAUUUUAUUUUUAAUAUAUGCUGCAAGGAUAAAAAAAAGAUUUGGUUGAUACAAGACUUAAAGGGACAAUAAACUGCAUAACUGCAAAAGAAUAGUAACUACUAACUGUGUUAUUGCAUUUUAUUUUGUUUCUGCAGCUCUUUUCAAAUCAGUUUUCCUGUUUUAAUAGCUUGAAUAUGCCAGAUAUUGAAGCACCGCCUCAUCAUACUGGGCGCCGCCAGCUAGGAGCUCAGGUUUUCUCACAGCCUGUGACAGAAGCUUUGCACACUCACAGAUCAGUAAUCUUUUUACAGCUGUAUAAUGUGCUUGGAGUUAGCGUGCAUGAUACAUCAUGUGAGCUUAACAGGUUUGCAUUUUUUACAGUUACACAAAAAAUAUUUUAUAAAGCACUAAACAAUAUAUAGCAACACAGCAGCUGCUUUGUAGCAUGCACAGUUGUCAAAGUUGCCAACAUCAUUGAUAUGUAAAUGCACACUGCAUCUGUCACAGGCUGUGAGAAUACUUGAGUUUCAAGAUGUCGAGGCCCAUUAUGAAGAGGCGGAGCUUCAUUAUCUGGCACCUUUAAGCUAUUAAAACUGAUUUGAAAAGAGCUUCAGGAACAGGAUGAAUUAAAAUAGCAUAGUUAGUAGUUACUAUUCUUUUGUAGUUGUGCCCAACAGUUUAAUAAAGAGAAAAUGUAAUACUAAAAUAGAGUUAAUGUGUUUAUGUGGUAAAAAUAUAAAUAAACUGCUUCAAAAUAACACCCUAAGUAAAUUGGGUAGGCAUUGUUUUAAUAUAUGAAGGUGGGGAAUGGUAUUGAACAGCGAAUCACAGAUUAUACAUUGGACUAUAAUUCCUAUUUAUAGUUAUGCUUCACAACUGCUAUUUAAAUAAUCAGUAUAUUUAAACCUGUUACUGUAUUUUUAUGUAGUAUUUUUUCAGUCCUUUGAUCAGUGCAGAAUAUUUCACUGUUGUGCAGUUUUUCAUGGCAGCAACUGUUAAUAAUGAAUAUCUUCUUUGACCAUUUCUUACAUUUCUGGUGGCAUUGGAAUUAAACUGAAGUCACACUAGACAUUUUUUUUUCUAUGUGAAAUAAAAAUUAAAGUUCUGUUACAUUGAACGAUACAAAUGAUUGUUUUAAUAAGGAUGUUAAUUUCCAGUUUCCAUACUUUAAAGCAGUUGUGCUUUUUUUUUUUUUUUUUUUUUUAACAGUACAGAACACAGUUUUAUAUACAUGUAAAUAUUAUAUAAUUUAUUAGUAAAUUUGGGAAAUCAAGAACUUCUAGUUGUAGGAAAGGCUUGUUUAUGGUGCCAGUUUGGCUUACCUUAUUUCUACUUUAAUGUAUAAUGUCUAGUUAAAAGUAUGUUAUCUUUGCUUAUUUGGAUUUGUUUUAAAAUAAAUGUUUAAACAGUGUAAGAA